AUGUCCCUUUAUUCAAAAAAAUAUUGGAAUGCAUUACAAAGUGGUAAGAUUAAGAAGGUAAUGGUUACUGCUCCUCCAGCAGGUCGCAUAAACAUUCAAUCUACUCCACGAUACUAUUACUACAGUGAAUUAGCGAUACGCGAGGGCAUACUUAUGGAAAUAAUAGUAGAUAAAUAUGAUGUGCUCCAUAAAUCGGGAAACCACUAUAAUGGACAUUCUAUGGGAAGUGAUACACUUAUUAAUAUUUUGCGGACUCAAGAUACCAUUUCGAAUAAUCUUAACAGGGCUUUGGAAAUCAAUUCCAAGGAUUCUAGCACACUUGUAAUUCGUGGAAUACUGUAUAGUGAUCUCGGAAACUACCAUCAAGCAAUGGCUGAUCAUGACAAGGCGGUUACAGAAUCUAUUUCUUUUAAAACUGCACCGGUCAGCUCUGCUUCACAAUAUUUUAUUGACUUAUUUGAUUUUACGGAAGCAUACCAAGAAGACAUAAUUGCACUUAGAGCUCGUACGCUUGAAUAUCGUGGUUACAUACUUAUAUCUUUUAACAAUUCUGAAGGAUUAGCCGAUCUUAGCAAGGCUGGUGUAUUAACAAAAUAUCUUAAUAAUUUUGAUACUAGUUCAGGAAAACCAAAUUCAUUUAUAAUUCGUGCCGUUCAAAACUAUGAGGAAAAAAAUUAUAACCAAGCAUUGAUUAAUAUUGACACGGCUUUGAGCAUUGAUCCUGAUUUAUAUUUUGGACUUUAUUUUCGAGGGUUAAUAUAUUUUACACUUGAUCAUGAAAAUUGUGAUAAAGUAUUUAGAAAUGUGUGUAAACUCUUAAAUAAAAAUAAAUCUUUCUUACGAAUAUCCAUCAAUUCGGGUAAUGAAAACAUUGAUCAAGUUUUGACAAAUAUGAAAUGGACACUAGUUCUCGAAUUAUGUCGUAAGGAGACAAUAAAUCAAUGGUUAUCUGAAUAUUUUUCAAAUGAAACUAGAAGUUUAAAUGUAUAUGAGAUUGCCUAUUUUAUUGACGAACUGAAGGAUUAUGAUGAUUUAUUUUUAGGAAUGGAUGUUGAUUUAAAGAAGACGAAUAUAAUAUGGGAUGAAACCAUUAGUUUCUUGACUGAAAAUUCGAUUUCAACACGACAAAAAAUAAAAGAAUUUAUGAUACAAGCUAUAUAUAAAAAUGAUUUGCUUAAUGCGUCUGAAAUUACUCAUUUACUUAAACGAUUACAAAAUGCUGAAGAUAAUUAUUUGUCAUUUAAUGGGGUUGAUAAAUUUAACACGGAUUAUAUUUGGAAUCUUAUUAUUAAAAUGUUCUCUAAAGAAACUUUUUCAACUGAUCAACAGGCUUUUGAUUUUCUCGGCCAAUUUGCAAAUGGAAUUGUCAAUUUUAACAAUUCCGAGAAUGUUUUUUUCCUUGCAAGGAUUCAGUUCGUACUUGCUUUAUUCAAGAAAGAUGACACCAGAACUAUAACAAAAUGUUUUCCAGGGAAAGCUUUUUAA